AUGGACGAGACGCAAGAACCUUUGGCCAUGACCGUCCACCUCCUCGCCAACUCUGGGCAUGGCGCGCAGCUGCAGCAAACUCUGGACCAGCUCCUCGGAUGCAUUUGCCCGGAAGUUCGUCUCUUUCUGGUGUCAGAGCGGGUCAGUCCAGUGAAAUACUAUGACAAGUGCCACCCCAAGCGAUCUCGGUUCCCGGGGAUGUCUGUUUUGCUCUUUCUGCACGAAAACCUCGGAGAGGAGAGACUGUUUCGCGUUCUAGAUCUGCAGCACUGGCCGUGGCGGUGCUACCCAGCCCCGAAGGCGCAGGGCAGCCCGUGUCCCUACAUCCUUGCCAAUCAGGACUUCUACAGUCUGGACAGCCAGAUGCCGGUCUGGGGUGUGAGGCAGGUGCACUGUGGCUCAGAGAUCCUGAGGGUGACGCUCUACUGCAGUUUCGAUAACUACGACGACGCCAUCCGCCUCUAUGAGAUGAUCCUGCAAAGGGAAGCCACCUCGCAGAAGAGCGACUUCUGUUUCUUCGUGCUCUAUGCCACCGACAGCUUCGCCCUUCAGCUUUCCCUGAAGCAGCUGCCGCUCGGAAUGUCGGUGGACCUGAAAGAGUCUUCGGUGCUGCAGUUCAAGGUUCAAGAGAUCGGCCAGUUAGUGCCUCUCCUACCCCAUCCGUGCGUCCCCAUCAGCCGCACCCGGUGGCAGACGCGAGACUAUGAUGGCAACACGAUUCUGCUGCAGGUCCAGUCGAACCCAGGACCUGGCGUCAGGAAGAGUGAGCUCUCCCUUCUGAGCGGCACCUCGCGCACCAGCGCGCUCCCCCAGAGCUCCAGGCAGACCCCCGUCUCCACGGGGCGGACCCUAGAGCCAAAGAGGAGAAGGGGCCGGGGCAGGAGGGUCAAGGUGGGCUCUCUGGAGUUCCCUGCGCCCAGUGGGAGCCUGGCCUCAGAGAGCUGUAGCGGCAGCUCGUGGAAAAGCCCUGGCUGCGGGUCCCAGGCCAGCCAUCCCGCCGCGGGCACCCAGCCGCCUCUGCCCUCCGCCCACUUCGAUCCCAGGGCAGGAAUGAAGGUCCUUAGCCGGGAAAACAGCUUGGAGAAGCUGGAGGCAGAGACGAAUGUCGACACCGGGUGCACUGUGGUCAACUCCGAGCCCAGACAAUCUUUCCUGAGCAGAUUUCCGAGGGAUCUGCAGACCAGCUGGCCACCGUCCUGCUCGCCAGCCUCCUCCGUAGGGGCAGCUGUCUCCAAAAACAUGAGACUUUGGAAGGGAAGGGUCCAUCCUUUGUCAAUUGCGGGCCAAAGGGAUCUUAGUGCAAGGAGGAUAAUCUCACACCGCUCCCUUCAUCUGCCAGUCCAGGGUGAAGAAAAAGAAGGAGGAGAAGAAGAAUUUUUUAUAUAG